AUGGGUGCGCUCAGAAUUUGUAAGGAAACAGUGUGGUCUGAUUUGCCUGAACAUUUGAUGGAGAGAGUGCUGGAAUGCCUUCCAGUGGACUGCUUCUUCCGUUUCAGAGCUGUUUGCAGGGGAUGGAAUGUUCUGUUUUCAUCACAAUAUUUCAAUUCCAUAGCAAGAAAUAGCCAGCCAUUUCUCAUUCUCUGCCCCUCCAACACCCAACUGCCCUCGCUAAUCUAUUCCUUCUUCACCCACACUUGGCGAACCAUUCCUUUAUCUUUGCCCCAUAAUUGCCUCAUCAAUUUCAGAGGAUCCGCUUCUGGGUUGCUCUUGGCAGACAUUAGCGCCAAUUUCUGGUUUGGCUAUAAUUCUCCAACGCUCUGUGUUUGCAAUCCUCUUACCCAAACGUGCUCAACACUGCUAGAAACAGUUUCUGUGAUUAGAAUUAUGGCCAAGGCAAUUUUACCAGUGGGGAACAAGAGGGAUGAAUUUACAGUCAUGGUGGUGGGCAUGAGCAGCACUGGUACAGUUUUAGUAGAAGCCUAUAAUUCCACUACCAAGGCAUGGAAAGUUGCAGGCAGCAUUCCUGAUGUGGUGAUAAGAAACGAAAGCAUGUUCUUCUGCAAGGGCUAUCUGUUCUGUGUGACUGCCACUGAGGGCAUAAUGGCCUACAAUGUUGAACAGGGGAUCACCACAACUAUGGCCCUACCCACAGCAGAUGUCCACAAUCUGUGGACUCGGCUUGUUUGUUGUAAGACUCGUGUGGUUGUGGUUCGGACAAUCGAAGAAAAUUACAGUUUGGAAGGCUUAAUUAUGUGGGAGUUAGUUUUUCAUGAGAGGGCGAAGGAUUGUAAGUGGGAAGAGAUUGGAAGGAUGCCCUGUUCUGUCUGUGAGAAAUUUAGAAGGAGCUCGAAUUCAAAUUGGUUUGAGUGUGUGGGAGUGGGAGAUAAGAUCUGUUUCAGAGCUAAUGAGAGCAUAGAGAUACUUGUAUAUGAUCUGAGUACCAGCUCUUGGAAUUGGCUGCCCAAGUUUCCUGCAGAUUUGAGAUAUGUGAGCAUGAGAUGCCUUCCACUGGAAAUUAUGCCCGGUACUGAAUUCUCUUAG